CUUUUCUUUCUUUUGGGUUUAAUCUAUGAAUCUUUUUGGGGUAGAUUUUAGCUCUCCAUCUUCAUCUCCAUAUCUUUCUGUCUCUCUGUCCAAUCUUUCAAUCAUGGUGUUCAGCCUCAUUUUCUCUUUCCAAAUUAUUUUUAUUAAUGUAUCACCUGAUACUGUGUGUUAGAUUUUAUAUAUAUAUAUUCUUUUUCUAGCUGUUUGGAUACAUAUAGAAAUAAAAAUGGGUGAUAAUUCUUUCUCUGAGCUUCUUUGUCAAGAAAGCGAAACGUUUCUGAAUGAAGAAUUAGUAGAAACCAGCUUCUAUAAGGAUUACAGUUUCUUAGAUGAUGAGUCUAUGAAAAUGUUGGGUGAUAAAGAGACCAGUUUUGGGUUCCAAAAGGAUAAACCUUUGGUGCAUAAUGAAGAAAUUAGAUGUGCCCGAUUGGAAGCUGUUGAAUGGAUUCUUAAAACAAGAGCAGUCUUUGGAUUUCACUUCCAAACAGCUUGUUUAUCAGUUGCAUACUUCGAUCGAUUCCUUUCCAAGUGCUUCAUUAAUAGUGAAAAAUCAUGGGCAAUCAAGCUUUUAUCAGUAGCAUGCCUUUCCCUGGCUGCAAAGAUGGAGGAGGUGAAGGUUCCAGCCCUCUCAGAGUUUCAGAUGGAUGAAUACAAUUUCGAGAGCAAAGUGAUUCUGAAAAUGGAGCUUUUGGUCUUGACAACACUGGAUUGGAGAAUGGGAUCAAUUACCCCUUUUACUUUUCUUCAUUACUUCAUCACGAAAUUGUACCAGGAUCCGCCAAAUGAUAUUAUCUCCAGGACUGCAACACUCAUAUUAGCUAUAACGAGAGAAAUCAAUUUACUGGAUUAUCGACCGUCUACCAUAGCCGCAGCUGCAACCUUGGUGGCACUGGAUCAACGACUCACAAGAAAAGCACUUGAGUGGAAGAUGAAUUCGAUAUCUUACUGUGGAUUUCUUGAAAUUGAAGAUGUGCUGGCCUGCUACAGUACAAUGCAGAAAUUAGAGAUGCAAAAUUAUGUGAAAUCUCCGGAUCUAUCGCCAAACCCCUUGAGCAUAGGCAAUGUUAUAGAUAGUCCUUCAGUUUCUUCGGCUGUUAGUACUAAGAGAAAAAGGCUUACUUUCAAUGAUGGUGAUAAAAAUUGUGAUUAAAGAAAAGAAAAGCAAGGCUACAUAAAAAUAUAAUUAAAAGCUUCUUGUUUUUAAACCAAUUUUACAAGGUACAAAAGAGCCUAGAAGAGAGGUCUUCAAUGGCUACUGGAAUGCUUUCUUGUGUCUUUGAAAGGCUGGCAAUAAACAAGGUGGAGUCAGUGGGGAAAGGAAGAACUGUGUUUGCGUAAUUUGAUGCAUCUAUGUUGCAUGUUGGCCGUCAGAAAAAGGUUUUGUAAUUGUAAAGAUGACUGAUUGGAUUUGUUUGAAUGUUGGGUGAUACUUUAAGGGCGGGCCAUCCUCUUUCUUCCCUGUCAAAGUGUUUAGGUUUUAGGGGCCAUGAAACCCAAGACAUCGUUUCUGGAAUCAGAAAGGAAUUUCUAUGUUGAUCAUAGUCUGUACUGCAGCUACAAUUUUCCAGCCCAAUUCUGCUCUUAACUUGAUAAUGCAACACAUACUGACAUCUUUCACUCGAAA